ACUAUAAAUAUUUCCACGAAUUUCCUCAAUCAUCUCCACUACACCACACAAAGCCCAUUUCCUUCUAAUUCCCAAUCCUCAGUUUCAUAGUUUUUCGUUACCACCCAUGAUGCCACGCCUUACAAUGAGGACUAACCUCGUACUGACAACUCUCAUUCUCGCGGGAAUCCUCGCCGGCAGCAGCUCCGUUUCCGUCCCGGACGUCGUGACGCAGGCCUUCUUCGACGGCAUCAUCGGCCAAGCCGACGGCGGCUGCGCGGGGAAGAACUUCUACACACGUGCCGCCUUCCUCGACGCCGCCGGCUCGUACCCCGACUUCGGCAAGCUCGGCUCCGACGACGAUUCUAAGCGGGAGAUCGCGGCGUUCUAUGCACAUGUCACGCACGAGACGGGACACUUCUGCUACAAAGAGGAGAUAGACGGAGCCUCAAAGGACUACUGCGACGAGAGCAACACGCAGUACCCGUGCGUCCCUGGAAAGGCAUACUUCGGGCGGGGGCCAUUGCAACUGUCGUGGAACUACAACUACGGCCCUGCUGGAGAGAGCAUCAAGUUUGAUGGCCUCAACGCCCCCGAGACGGUGGCCAAUGACGUGGUGGUGUCGUUCAAAGCCGCCCUCUGGUUUUGGAUGAACAAUGUCCAUGGCAGGGUCACCCAAGGCUUCGGGGCCACCAUACGAGCCAUUAAUAGCCUCGAGUGCAACAAUGGAAAUUCCGGUGCCGUUGACGCCCGAGUCGGCUACUACCAAGAUUACUGCGGCAAGUUUGGGGUUUCUCCCGGGGAUAAUCUCCGAUGCUAGAUCAGCAAUAUUAUUCAAUCACAACUGGCAGAGAGAGAGAGAGAGAGAGAGGAGCAUACAGCUGAUAGGCUCCUCAUGACGUCACAGGAGUAUUUUUCAUUUGAAUAAGUCUUUGUGUUUCUUUCAGUCCAUCCAUUGCCACCCAUUAAUUAUGUAGCGGGUUGGGAGCUCUGCUUUGUUUUUUUAAAUAUGAUCCUACCAAUGUACGAAUAAAUGAAUAAAUCAAUAAAGAAACCAUGUGACGCCCUACUUCUAUAUCAA